AUGGUGGCCUCUGAGAGUGCCCGGCCAGUGCUGCAAAUCACUACGACAACAUCCGAAGGCCUGAGCUUGCCAAGACAGCAGACACUGGCAGACAUGAUCUCAGAGGAGGAGGAUGGGUGCGAGAGGUUCCAUAUGACGAGCGAUCAGCUGCCGUCAGGUGACGAAUCGCUUCAGCAGCUCAUGCCGGCGCCUCCCGAGUUGCCUCCCGAAAUGGGCCCGGCGCAGCACUAUGAGCUGCUGUACCAAGUUUGGCAAGAACAGCAAGGGCUUCGCUCCUUUUUGGAAGAGAGGCUAGAAGCAAUCAGGCGAGAAAUCAGCGACCUGUCAAAGCGAGACGUAUGCGCCGGCAAGCUGAAGGUCGAAAAGCGGCCUUCUGAAGGAGUCGGUGCAGGUUUGGAAGGUCUGGAGCGUGAGCUGGGGGAAAGGGCCAGGAAGCAUGGGCUGUCUCAGCGGAGAGGAAGCAGCGCCAGCAGAGUCAGCCGCCACAGUUCUGACAGUGAGCAAGAAGAACAACGCCAGCCAUUGGCAAUUCGCGAGCUAGAAGUUCAUGAGCCGAGCCUGACGUCCGUUUUGCCACACAUGCCAGAGCCCCCGCGAACCAUCUCUUUCGUGGAAGUUGCGCCCAUGCCUGAAGGCCCUGUGGCGUGCAAGAAGAGCAGCCUGAAGGAUGGGUCGCCGAUGUCCAUGUAUGGUGGCACGGCAUCUCCCCGGAGGGCUGAGGUGGCUGAGGCAGAGUCAAACAACGGAAGUAGCGGCGGCCUGCGGGCUAUCUCUGGCAAGGACUCCCCUGCCGGCUCCGAGAAGUUGCAGGUGAAAAUGGCCGUUCGCCGACAACAUUCAUUGGCCGCACUUCGACCACGAGCUUCGCCCAAAGGCAAAGGUGAGACCUCGCUGUCAGCACUGUUUCAGCGUCGUGAGUCCCAGUGCCUCCAGGAGAGCUUGGCGGGGACCAUUGUCUCCGCCGCUGCCCACGCCCAGGAGGACAUGGAUCUGAACAGCUCCCCAACCGCGGUGUCGGAGGCCUCGCCUUGCAAUCCGAGAAAGUGGUGGCUUGCGAGCAUCUGGGUCAGGAUCUUUGAGAUCAGUGCCCAGGUCUGCGGACUGACUCCCUGGGCUCGCGGGCAGUUUGCAGAUGUUCAAGACGACGGGUUGGACGACGACCGAGACGACACAGCGGCCCGCUGGUGGCGGCCGGCCAGAAUUCUAUCCAGGAUGUACCAUGGUCUCGUUAUGCUCCUGAACACCGUGUUCCUCUUCAUGUCGCUGAAGAACUUGGUUUGCAGCAAGGGCCAGGAAUUCUGUGCCCAUGGCCUGAGUUUGGUGACAGAUGUGGUCGUGGCUCUUGGCGCGCUGUUUGCAGUUUGGACGUGCGGUGGGCUCUGGCACUACGAAGACACGGCAGAGAUUCAGGUGCAGACCACUGACCAUCUGGCAGAGUAUGUCAGAGAGAGCAAUCUCGAUCAUCAAUGGCACAUGGACAAAGGUGGGGCGGCCAUGGCCAUUGCAGUGGUGUGGCUUGCUGCUGUGUGCUCUCGCGGCUCAUUUAUGGUGAUAGAGUCCACUGACGCCGACGACGACGUGAUAAAUGCGGUUACGAUCGCGAGCAUGUUGCUCUACAGCCUCGCUGCAGCUUGCCUCCUCAACGCAUGCUACCUCCAAAUGUCGAUGUGGCGUGGCCUCUCCUUGAGCGUGGUGGCCUUCGCACGCUCCGUCCUGAAAGGUGAGAUCACUUGCCAAGCUGCACGCGCGAAGUGGCGCGAGGUCAUCAGCUGCAUGCGCCACAUGUCACGGAUGUUCCAGCUGACAGCGGCAGCUCUGGCUUUGACAACGGUCUUUGUCUUCUUUGGCACCCUAGCCGACGUCCAGCAGGAUCGCAAAUAUGCGCUCCUUCCCAACCUUCUCAUUGCGCUCAGCUUGCCAGGCUCUCUUGUUGUCGCGGCCACUGCAACUGCCCACUGUACACGCCUUCCCUCCCUAGUCAGCAUGUUGAAUGGAAGCGAGGCGGAGGAAGCCGAGUACAUGGGCCUGGCAAUGUUCUUAACGAUCAGCGAGUCAGGCUUCUUCAUGUGGGACACUCGAGUGACGCUCGGGGUCGUGCAGCGCUUCCUCUAUUUCACUUUGGCGAUCGUUGGCACCAUCGGCUUUCAAACCAAGGUUCUCACCUUAGAGAGCUUUGGCUGA